GUUUGAAUUCUGUUCGGCUGUUUAUUUCGAAGGCGGCAGUACAAAUGACUCUCCAAAGUGGGAUUCACGCUGACCCAUAUGAAACAUCUAAACUAGCAGAUUGUAAAAGCCUUUCGUAUAGAGCCAUGAAGCUCAUCAUAGAUAAAGAAAAAAUAGUUUUACUUAUGAAAAUACCAUCUAAAGGUUCUUGGGAAGAUGAUUUUGAUGUUGUGAUGGGGAAGCUUAUAGAUGCCAGCUCUCCGUGUUAUGUAUUUUAUCGUCUGGAUUCCGUCAAUUCUUUUGGAAGCGACUGGAUUUUUAUAUGUUAUGUUCCUGAAAGUUCUGACGUGCGUCUAAAAACGAUAUAUGCAGCCACUAAAGCAACUGUUCUUAAGCAGUUUGGAUAUAACCUAAUUAAGGAUGAUAUAACAAUAAAUUGUGUGGGUGAAAUGAACUUAAGGACCUAUAAAAAAAUAAUGGAAAGUAAAACUGCACCUGGACCUUAUACUGAAGCUGAAAUUGAGGUGGCUGGCAUCCACACAGAAGAAGUGACCACUGGACUGCAUUCCAGCUAUCAAACAAUCGGUGGUGUUUCAUUCGCACUUAGUCCUGAUUCUCGCUCUGUGUUAAAGAAUUUUAGUUCGGGAGAGUGUGAUUACGUUCAGUUAAAAUGUGAUAUCCUUAGUGAAACUAUCAAAGUUUGCGGGACUCGUGAACAUAUUACGCCAAAACAAAUAGCUGAAAUUUGUCCAGAAAAAGAAGGUCGUUAUCAUCUUUUCCGUUUCCGUUAUAUGUUUGAAGGCGAGGAACAUUCUGCUACCUUUUUUAUUCAUACAAUUUCUGGCAAUCAAAGCCCAGUAAAAAGCCGAAUGUUGUAUUCUAGUUGCAAGGCAGCUUUACUAACUCGGUUGGAGCGUGAAUUUGGAAUAACCUUUGAUCAUAGAUUUGAAAUUGAUGAAAUUGAUGAACUAACUACACAAUAUUUAAUGGAUAUUUUAUAUCCUAAACAAGAAGAAAAACAGUUUAUAUUUCAAAAACCCCAAGGUCCUAUGGGACGCCGUCCUAGAACACAUAUACAUUAAUAUUUACUUUUGAAUUUUCUCAUUAAUAAUUAUAAAAUAUUCUUAUAAUUAUUACUAUUUUAUUGCCUUCUAUUUCAUGAAUUUUCAUUGAUUUAUUCACUUCAGAAUAUAUUGAUAUACAUACUUUUUCUAUUUAAUCAUUAUCCAAUUUUUCAUUCUUAUAUUUCUGUUAAAAAGAAAGUGUAUGAAAGAAUUAAUUUUACUGCUGAAUUUGUACAUCGCAUAUAUACAUAUAUCAGUUUUAUUUCUACUGUACAACUAUAUACAUCUAUGAAAUCGUAUAGAGUGCCCUUAAUGAAAUUGAAUGAUUUCGGUAUACAUAUAUCUCAUCUUAUCAUAUUGCCUUAAUAGAAAUGAGUGGAAUUCUACUCAAAUUUUUUUCUUUCCAAUUCAUGUAGUAGUAUUAUCAAUGAACAGUUGAAAAUGUUCACUGAUUCAGUUCCUCAUAUAAUAGAUAUAUAUGUACUUUAUUUUCAUUCCUGAUUAUUUGUUUAGAUACAGCUGUUGUCUUGGUUGUUUUUCUUUUUGUUCUAUUUUUCUCUUAUAAAAACUUCCUAUCUAUCAUUUUGUAUAAUGUAUGCAUUGAUUUUAUGACAUAUAUAUACAUUAUGUUCAGCACAGAUUUCGUUUUUUAUGAUUAUAAACUUAAUA